AUGCAGGAGUGCACCCUGGUCCCUACGAAACCCGCGUUCCUGAUCAGUGCGUACCACAGCCCGAUGAUCCUGGCGCCUAGGAUGCUGUUGGGUAUGUCCACAACCACGGCCAUCAUUCCCGCGCCCGAAUCCAGGAGGUGGUUGCAAUCACCCGUAUCUUCGAGCAAUGAUGCGCCCGUCUUCGCACGGGCCGGUCAUCCCCAGGUCUGA